AUGCAAUUAAUACCGUUAUUAUUUCUUCUGCUACUUUCUUCUGCAAAAUGCCGAGUUCAGUAUUACGAAGCUGAUCAAUUAGCAACAGAGGGUGGUGAUUGGUCUGUCAAAUUCGUUCCACGUAUCGGUCACAGAGUUUCUAACAUAACUUGGGAAUUCCAGAAUAAGACGGUCAUCUUUUGCGAAUAUACGGGAUCGAAAGAUGGACCCGUUUUGAACAGUUACUUUAAGUGUCCUAAAGGUUGUCUAUACGAACAAUGUCAAGCAUUCGAUUCUUAUGGCAUCCGCAUUGAGGAGAAUAUCUUCCGUCUCUUUGCUUUUAAAGCUACAAGUGCCAUGAUUGGAGAUUAUAAGAUCACUGUAACCUUCAUCGGAAAGCAUUAUAAUUUCACUUCCGUUAGUACCUUAGUAAAAUCAUCACCUUCCCUUUUACACUUGACUUCUCUCGUUUCAAAUGUACCUCAGAUUACAGAAGCUCUGAAAAGUCCAUCAGCGGCCGUUCUAGAUAAACAGAACCUUGAUAACCUGAAUAGCACACUUAAAUUCAUUCAUGAAGGUAUUUUUAUUAAAGGAUCUAUCAAAGUCAAUCUCGGUUUACCAGCAGGUGUAAUUGGUAUUUACUUAGUCAGGCAACCAAGAAACACCCACUAUCCCUAUUACGAACCCUGCGAAAUUUCCUCGAAUGCCAGUUUACACAAUUUCUCCUGCCAACCCAGUAUUGAUGAUUUUGCAAUGGGUAUUUUCAUCGCAAAUUCAGUGAAUGCUUCAAUUAGUAAUGAACAAGCACUCGGCUUGCUGAAAGAUUGGGUAAUGAAACGUCUGGUGUUGUGGCGUUUUGAUAUGCCAUAUGUAGACACUCCGGCAGCCCCAGAGACAGUUUUUGGAAGGGAUUAUCGUGUGAUUCCUUUAAAAAUUGGUUGGUCUGCUGUUAUUGAAGCGGGUGAAAAGGUGGAAAUUUACUGUCCCCUUGUGAAACAUGCGUCUCCACGUGCGAUUAACUGUUUCCGGUCUCGAGCUUUAUAUUUCGACACAAUUGAUACUACCUUGCCAAGUGGAUUUUGGGUUGAGUACUUUGAAGGAAAUAAAUUCUUCUAUUUGAGGAAAAAUUCUACAGAUACUUCAGACAGUGGGGUUUAUGGAUGUACUGUAAAAGUAAAUGGAUAUCCGCAGCCUGUGUGUUCUGACAGACGCCUUUAUGUAAUUGGUAAUGUUAUACCAGUUCGGACUUUAUUAUAUAAGGACCUAGUUCCCACAGAAGACCUUGAACCAACAGACAGGUUUGAACAAUUUACUGAGGACAAGGUGCCAUUUUUGUUGACAACACAGAAAGCUUACAUUUUGUGUUGGACAGAGACGGAUACAAAGUAUGACUACACCCUCUCCUUGAGCCUUCUUAAAGAGGACGGUAAUGAUACUACAGAAUUUCCAUUUAAUUUGACCAAUACGUAUAUUCUUCGUGAAGGUACUCACAUAAUACGGAUAUUCAAGUUCUACAGCAUCAGUGGUGAGGGAAAUGUUAAUAACGGGGGAAAAUUAAGAGCAUAUUGUUCAACAAGUUAUGAAGAAAUGGAACGUUCUAUUCCGGAAUGGAUCAUUGAUCCAAAUGACGUAAAUGAAAAUGCUGAGCUAGGUCGAGUAGCUGCGAAUCUUCGAUAUAUCCACAUGUACCACCCAACCGAAGGGGACUUGAAAUUCCACGGUACGGUUGAUAGACUGGAUGAGUAUCCCGUCCCUCUAGGAACUGUUAUUCGAUGUUCUGGUGCUAACGGAUAUCCAAAGCCUGUAUAUAAGUGGACAGCGAUUGAUCCUACUCAAUUCUCCACCGGUUUUAUCGGAAUGUCGAGAGUGUCAAAGAUUUUCCUUGACAGCCCUCAUGGCUUACCUAAAUCUGCUUUCCAAGGCGAACAACUUAAAAUCCCUAAUGAUCCGAAGUACAAGGGAAUGAGUUAUCUCCUCAAAUGUACUGCCUCGAAUAAAUUUGCCGGACAUGAAUUCACCUCUCAGAGAGUUGUUUUCUUAAGCAUCUGUUUAUGUGACAUCCGAUUCGUCCAACUGGAUCUGUCUUUAAUCUUAUCGCCUCAGAUUGUCGCAGGUAUUAGUCUAGUAGACUCAGACAAUGAAAGGUCUACUUUGGAUAUCUACGGUGAGCGUUAUGUUCACUUGCUACAGCAAAUUAUUUUGGGUCUCGGUUAUGGAGAAGGAUUAGUCCGUAUUGGCUUGCAUCCAACUUCUGUGCUGAGUAGAAAUUUGAGGGAAGCUCCCUUGUAUGCCUCUGUAACUCAUUUCAGCACCAAAUCAUCAAGAAUUGCUCUUGCAGAAGGUCUAAUUUCACAAAUUAUCAGACCCCAGGCCAUUUAUGCAACCGAUCCCGAUGCAUGCCCUCAAAAGCUACCUGUCAAUCUCAAAGAAGGUUUCAUUACAGCACUAAGAGACGCUCCCCGAUCUUCCAAGAGACCUUUUGCCGUUGUUCUUCCACAAGAUCGAUGGGACGUUGGAGACGUGCAGAACUUCAUACAAAACAUAAGAAAAGUCUAUGGCGAAGUUAUUAGCGUGUUCUUUGAAGACGACAAGACGUGGGCUAAAGGUACACCUAAUUAUGCAAUCCAGAUAGCAAAUUUCUCGAGUACAUGCCAGAGAUACAGUAUUAAUAGUCGUGCCAGUUUUAUCCAACGCCUCCCACUUUUUAAAGCGAUUUGCGCUAUUGCAAAACCCGCUGUGUUAUAUGAUGAAACGUUGAUGGUAGCUAUUUUUUCGAGUCAUCAACCACAUCAAUUCUACUCGGGAGAGACUGUUAAAAUCUUUGCCAUUAUUAGAAAAACGCCUUUUGACAAGCCUCCGGUAACAUCAUGGCUGUGUUUGAUUGAUGAGGAAGAAGCUAAUUAUAUAAAACAAGGAGAGACGGAUUUGGAUUACUUGGACAGCGUUUGCUUGCAACCCUUGUUGAAGUCAAAACCAAGCAACUUAGAUUCCAACUGCAUCUACUUUGAGUUGGAGUUGGCCUUGAAAAAGAAGCUUGACAAAAAGUAUCUGUUGGUUUACAAGCGAGGCGUAAAGAACACUUUGUCCAGUCAAGAAGUUGCCAUCUUACCGAUUCGUUUAAACCGCGGUGAAUUCUCCAAGCCCACUUUAAGAUUAAAGAGUCCAGCUGUGAAAGCAAUGGAUUCAGCUGAAUUUGAGUGCGAAUUUGUGAUGCCGCACUUGAAAUUUCAAGUCUAUCUCAUCUACCAACCCCCAAACAACGAUACUUAUGUAAUAAUUACUCAGAAAACAUCAAUGGACUUGGAAUAUUCCUAUAGAAAUAUUGGUCAUAACGUGACUGUUCCACUCAUUUGGCCCUUCUUUCCUGCUGAAGCUGCAGAUAGGGAAAUUUACUGCGCUGUUAGCCAAAUAGGUCAAUUUAAAGACAAUCUCUAUGAUCUCCCGCCAUUAGUCAGUGAGCCAAUUUAUCAUAACCUCUCCGCCAUUUGCCCUAUGAGACCAACCAUUGAAAGAUUAGUUUUUCCACCGAAGACGAACUUAACUGAAGGUUCUCGAGUGACUUUUAUUUGUGAAGCGGUAACUGGGCAAGACCAUAUGCAUGCUCUUCAAAUGUCUUACAUCGAGUCGUCUGUAGAUAUGAUCAUCUGUUCAAAUCGGGGUGGUGGAAAAGUGAACAUCAGCGUCCCUUGUAUGUUCAGUCCUUUUAGAGAUUCAGGUUGCUGGAGCCACGAAAAAGUCUUAUCGGACAUCCAUCCAAAAGGCGCAUUCGCUAAUUGUAGCAUCUCCCAUAGAGAGAGAGAUGGUGCCUACAUUCGAAGGAUUGAAUAUACUAUUCCAGUGAUCACAGUACGACACUUUGAAUCCUUUCUCUUUUGCGAAACUAUUCCAACAUGGGAGGUUGAAGAAGAAAGUCGACUUCUUAGUGAUCCUAUUGAUAAUCUAUUCCCUGUUGGCCCAAGAGUCACUUACAUUAGAGUGGGCUACUAUCAAUGGCAAUGUGGUGUAUUGGCUUAUCCUGAACCUAUUAAUGCCUCCUGGGCGCCGCUUGAAGCGUCGCCAGAAACCUUUGCAUCUGGAUUGCGUCGAUUCCAAUUCACUAAAGAUUUAGCUGCAUCUGUACGACAUCGUGGAUACCUUGUAUCUAUGAGUUACUUUCCAAUGAAGUUUAGAAGACCGGAUUGGAGAACACCCUAUGAGUUUACUUUAAAGUGGCCUGCUCCCUAUGUCUUCCAAGUUGGACUCUUUGGUAAAGCAAAAUUUGUUUGCUAUGUAGUGGGCCCAAACAACAAAACAGCCUACGAAGAAGCAGUUAUUAUGUACGGCUUUGGGAGUUCCAACGGUGGGUGGACAGCUUCAGGUUCCAUUGAACCUGACCUUGGAGUGGUUAAUCCUGAUGACCCAUGGACUAUAAAAUGCCCACUAAGAGAGAUAGCAGAGAAUGCAGAAGUUUUUUUCCAUGUGUUUCUACUUGCCCAAGUAAAGGCUCCUUCUAUCGAACCUUUAGAAAUUCCACUGCUACACCUAACUAUCUAUAAACCGAAAAAUGAUAGCUCCAGGAUUAAUCAUCUUAAACUUCUCGGGUGGUGGUCCUUUGGAAGGGGGAGGGAGUUUGAUAUUUCUUUGACCAAGGGCCAUCAGGACAAUCAAGUCGUUAAAAUUGAUUUACCAAAAGCAUUUAUGCAUGAUACUGGAAGAUAUAUGUGCCGUUUUCACGUAGACAGUGUUUAUUACGAUGCACCAGUAGUUCCAGAUCUUGUAGUCCCUGCAGAUAAGCAAUCUCCAAUAAUUGGGUAUUUAGCAGAAAAUAGAAGUUGGGAAUUCUCAGAUUCCUAUUCAAGGUAUCUCACAUUCUUCGAUGAUGAAUAUUUCACGAGCCAAUGUUUAAUAUGGAGAUUUCAAAAUCCCUACGAAACCUAUUUCACCAAACCUCUUAUAGCGGAGUCCACUAAGCGCAAUCCUAAUAUGGCCAAAAUUACCAAAAGUCCUACCAUACUAACCGAGAAGACAAUAUUCCAACAUUAUUCCUUCUACACGGUUAAUAUUUCUUGGCAUCUUAACGUUCACUUUGACUAUGAUAAGCACGUUGGGUGCUACUGGAAUUUAGACACGAAAGAGGAAAGGGAACUUGGCGAGAAAUUUGGGCCCCUAAAGAUUUGUGCUCCCACUGAGAGCCUAAAAACGAGGCCGGAUCCCAAUGAACCAAUGGCAAGGGAUGGAGUUAUAGAAUGCUAUGAUGAUGGGGAAAUUUAUCAUGAACAUGAAUUCACUUGGGUAUAUAGAUUUGGACCCUUGCCACGUUUAAAUGACUCAGUUGAAGUUAGUGGUAUUCCCAGAAUUAUCAAAUCAUCAAAAUUAGAUUUGUACUUACUUCCCAUGCCAGGAUUUUAUAUUUACAAGUGUGUAGCGAGCAGUUUCUGUGGUGGCAAAAAAAUGGUGUCCGAGAAGACCAUACAAUUUGUGGUGGUUGGUGAUGAAAAAGCACCUGCUUUUACUACGGUGUCAAUUUCUAAACGAAUGAUUCUCCUUCCAGAGAAGUUCACCGUUGAAUGUCCAAGCAUUCUAAGCGAAGGAAGUUAUCUAACAGCAUUGAAUUUAACCUGGUUUCGUAUCAAUCGCCCAGCAAAUACAGUCUCACCACAUCUGAAUAAAUUCGCGAAAAUCCUCUCUUAUCAUGAUUUGAUUAAUAACACGGUAAAUAUUUCACAUCCAAGCCUUGUUGCAUAUCACUUCGGUAGAAGAAAUCGAGAGGUAUUCGCUAUAGAUAUUCAGUCAAGUUCCUUCGAAGAUUACGGUUUCUACGGCUGUACUAUAGGAGCUCUCAGACCGGUAGGAGAAGUGAGGAAUUUGUCUCUAAGUCAGGUUUCUGAAUAUCCUAUCUGUAUUGUUGACAACCAUGCAGAUGUGCAAAUUGUAACAAAACCAGACCAAUCAGACGAUUGUUACACUGAAGGUGAGGUGAUCAAUGUUUACUGCCAAGCAACUGUCUUCCAGAUUUUUUGUGAUGAGGAGGACAAACCUGUUGGCUCUCGUUUCGUUGAAACUGACGCUACUGUGCAUAUCACCUCGGGAAAUUUUGAUAAAUCCUCCCCACUGCGUCUGUUCUCUUUUCGUAUAUUAGAAUGGAAGCCACCGAUAAAAACGGUUCAAUACGCACCUGUUCCAAUAACAAUUACCCGCAGCCACCACAAUGCAAAACUUAGUUGUUUAAUAGAACCAAAGUUGCUGAAUGUUUCCCUUGUAAAUCGAAAUGAAUGGCAGAGAAUAAGAGCGAAAAUCAUUCGACGAGCUUCAAGAAAAUUGUGUGUCUUUAGUCCAGCUUCAGAUUACAUAAUCAUUCCAACACCUCCAGAACAAGUGAGUAUGACAAAGGUGGCAUUUAAAAUCGAAUCAGGAGAGUGGGUAACGUGCAUAGCUAGUGGAAACCCCCCGCCCACAGUGACUCUCGAUGCUUAUCCAAUGAGAAGAGGAGCACUUGCUGAUGCAAUGCGAUUGGGACUUGAGGGAAUUGAGAAUUGGCGGGAUUACUCAAGGGCACAACCUGAUUGGCCGUCAGCACCGUUGAAGAAUGAUACUGGAUCUAUGCUAAUGGUGCUGAAAGAACUUAAUGAUCCUCCAGAUGUCACCUAUUUUGGGGUCUGCCGUGGUACAAAUAGAGUCAAUAAAACAGAAGUAACCACUUACAAGACUUUCAUCUUCCGAAUUCGAGAAACUCGUGGAUUCACAAGCACUGCCACAUUCAACCACUUCCUGAUUAUCGCCUUCAUGAUGGCUUUGCUGAUAUACGUAUUGGGAACAUUUAUUCAUGAGCUCUUGGUUCUUCGACAUCGUCAUCGUCGUUUGAAGAAGGAAUAA